GAGGCACCAGGCAGGCCGCGAGAAGCCCAGUGCCACAGUGCCGCUGGUGGGAGGCUGCCGCGCGAUCUGGCACUCCCACGGCAUGGUCUUGCCUCGCCUACCACACUCCCAGGGGCGCUAGACUCCCGCGUGGCCCCUCAUCACCACAACACCACCACAACACCACCACCACCAUCACCACCACCAUCACCAAUGCCAAAGAUUUAGAAAACGUUAAACUUACUUGAACUGGAUAAAUAGUUGAGGAGGAGGAGAAGGAGGAGAAGGAGGAGGAGGAGAAGAAGAACAAGGAGGAGGAGGUGGAGGUGGAGGUGGAGGAGGAGGAGAGGGAAGAGACCUUUUUGUGAAAGAUGAAAGAUUUGUGUCUCGUAGGAAGGAAGACCUUUUGACAACACCACGCCGGGACUUUGUGGCGCUAAGAAAGAUCGAGGUGGCGUGAUGGGCGGAACGGGGUGGCCAGGGAAGGCGUGGACGACAUGGGCGGCGUGGGGGGCGUGGGUGGCUGCCGUGAGUCUGGGGGGCGCCGUGCCUGGGGUGGCGGGGGCGGGGGUGCAGCUGGAUGGGGACUUAAUGCUGGGGGGGCUGUUUCCUGUGCACGAGAAGGGUGAUGGAACGCCCUGCUCCACUGCUGUGUAUGAUCGUGGUCUGCAGCGGCUGGAGGCGAUGCUGUAUGCUGUGGACCUGAUCAACAAAGACCCUUUCCUCCUGCCCAACGUGACCCUGGGCGUGCACAUCCUGGACACCUGCUCUAAGGACACGUACGCCCUCAACCAGUCACUUGAGUUCAUCCGUGUGUCACUCAAUGCUCUAGACACGUCGGGGCUGGAGUGCGGGGAUGGAAAGCCGCCGCGUGUGAAGUACCGUGCUAAACCAGUGCGGGGUGUCGUUGGUGGGUCGUACAGCUCAGUCAGUCUACAGGUGGCUAAUCUCUUCCGCCUAUUCCACAUUCCACAAGUCAGCCCAGCGUCCACAGCCAGGGCACUGUCAGACAAAACACGUUAUGAGUUCUUCGCUCGUACUGUACCGCCCGAUACAUACCAGGCCAUGGCUAUAAUGGACGUGAUGCAGCUGUUUAAUUGGUCCUACAUCUCCACCAUACACUCUGAGGGGUCGUACGGGGAGUUUGGCAUAGAGGUGAUCCACAAGCUAGCGGCGGAAAGGAAUGUUUGCAUCGCUGUGUCGGAGAAGAUUCCACACAACGCUGACCACCAAGUUUACAACACAGCCUUGGCAAACCUCAUGAAGAAGCCGUCAGCGCGAGCCGUGGUCCUCUUCACACGCGCCGAAGAUGCCAGAGAGGUCUUGAAGGCAGCGCGGCGUCUCAACCUAACGUCAUACUUUCACUGGGUCGCGUCAGACGGCUGGGGGAAGCAGAGUCACCUGGUGGAGGGGCUGCAGGAGGUGGCUGAAGGGGCUAUCACUGUGGAACUAACUAGUGACGUUGUGAAGGGCUUCGAUACCUACAUGAGCCGCCUUACGCCCCACACCAACACGAGGAAUCCAUGGUUUGAGGAGUACUGGGAGAAAUUUUUCGGAUGCCACUUAAGCAGUGUUCCUGGGAGUGACCUAUCUUGCGGUCCUGACUUGAGGAUAACGAAGGAGGCAGGAUAUCAGCAGGACCCCAAGGUUCAGUUCGUGGUGGACGCUGUGUACUCCUUCGCGCACUCUCUGUCCCAUCUCCAGCAGAGUAAGUGCCCUGACACCACCAUUGUGUGCGACGCGAUGAGUAACUACGAUGGCGGUGACUUCUAUAGAGAGUAUUUGCUUAACGUGUCAUUCAAAGGUGUGGUUGGCUCCCAGGUGAAGUUUGACGAGGUGGGAGACGGACCAGCGCGUUACACCAUUUACAACUACAGAAAGAUUCCAGGCACUUCUGUCUACAACUACAGCGUGGUGGGCAGCUGGUACAGUCGUCUGGAUCUGAACCUGAGUGAAGUCUCGUGGGCCAAUGACACUACGACUGUGCCCACCUCUGUCUGUUCCCACCCGUGCCAAGUUGGGGAGAUCAAGAUUGUACAGCAGGGCGACACAUGCUGCUGGAUCUGUACACCGUGUAAGGACUGGGAGAUGAUGGUCGAGGAAUCACUAUGCAUCGACUGCGGUCCUGGAAGAUGGCCCUAUGACAACAAAUCGAGCUGCUACGACCUGCCACACCAAUACAUGCGCUGGACCUCUGUGUUUGCCCUCGUCCCUGUUGGAAUAAGCUGCCUCGGUAUCGUGCUUACCCUGACAGUCAUUGGGAUCUUCGGAAGGCACGAUGACACCCCAAUAGUUAAGGCGUCAGGCAGGGAACUCUCCUACAUGCUUCUCUGUGGUAUUCUAGUGUGUUAUUUGAAUACUUUCCUCCUGCUGGCGAGACCUGGGGCUGUCAUAUGUGCUCUUCAGAGGUUCGGAGUCGGGUUCGGUUUCUCCAUGAUUUACGGGGCGCUGCUGACGAAGACCAAUCGGAUCUCACGAAUAUUUGACUCUGCCUCCCGAUCCGCGCGCCGGCCUGGGUUCAUUAGUCCGAAGAGCCAAGUUGUGAUCACCUGUUCCCUCGUAUCCGUACAGGUGGUGGCGACUGUCGUGUGGCUCGUGAUAGAGACCCCAGGCACACGAUUUGAGUACCCGACAAGAGAGCAGGUUAUACUGAAGUGCCGUAUUAAGGACUCGUCUUUCCUGCUCUCCCUCAUCUACAACAUGUUUCUCAUCACCACCUGCACGGUCUACGCAGUGAAGACCCGCAAGAUUCCUGAGAACUUUAACGAGAGCAAGUUCAUCGGGUUUACAAUGUACACGACUUGCAUCAUCUGGCUCGCCUUUGUGCCUAUCUACUUUGGCACCGGGAAUUCGUAUGAGGUGCAAAUCACGACCCUCUGUGUGGCCAUCUCCCUCUCCGCCUCCGUGGCUCUCUUCUGCCUCUACUCGCCCAAAAUCUACAUCAUUGUGUUCCACCCUGACAAAAACGUGAGGAAGCUGACCAUGAACAGCGCCACCUACAAGAAGUCACACCCUCUCUCCAGUGCUGCGUCUAUCAAUCACGACUCCCCCAGCGUGACUCAGCCUCUCCCGCCAGCAGGAUCGGAGGGCGUGAAGCUACAGACGGUCCCGGGAACGCCCUCAAAAACUGCGACGGAGGGAGGCAGUCAGAGCAUGGAAAAUGAAGCGUUACUGUGAGGAUUUCAGGAUACCAAGAGUCCUACGAGUUUUUAGUAUCCUUCCCACCACCACCACCACCACUGUCACCACCACCGCCAUCACCACCAUUGCCACCACCAAAGGAUGGAUGAUGGUGGAUGAGGUGUUGUGUGUAGGAUUGAUGGUUUUAAAGGAUGAUGUUGGGUAUCCUGUGAGUGCUCCUACGGGUAUCCUUCACCACCACCACCACCACUACUACUGCUACUGCUACUGCUACUGCUACUGCUGCUACUACUGCGACUACUACUGUUUCGAUGUAGAGGCAAAAUAUAUCAACCGUGCUGGCUGAUUUCACUACUACUGCUACCACCACCACCACUAUUACUACUACUGCUACUACUACUACCACUACCACCACCACCACCACCACCACCACCACCACCACUAUUGCCUUCCGCUCAAUUCCCUCCUUACUGUCACUGCCAUUCCUCCUCCUCCUCCUCUUCUUCAGCUGCUCUCCCCCUUCUCCCCCUCCUCACCCACCUGUCCUACCCUCACCACCUCACCACCGUUGCUCUUCCCAGCUAGUGGUGAUGUCCUGUGAUGUCUGGUGAUGGCAACCCCGCAUCACAUUCCUCGUUUUCUCAGUCAUGUGAGGGGAACACCAAUAGAUAUGCAACUAACUAGCGUCCCCUCUUUUUUCCCCUCUCUUUUCCCCUCUCUUCUCCCCUCACACUCCCCCUAAACACACAACCCGGCGCCUCCUGACCUCUAUAAGCUUCUCAAGGUCACAUAAAGCCUACACGUGGUGGUGAUGAAACCUCAACUAACGGUGAAGCUUCGAAACAACCGAAGCUUCUCUCCAUUACAACCGAUGCAACAUUCCCAGGAGCUACAGUUGGCAAGGCUUCCCUCCGUCAGCGCCCUCUCCAGGAAGAUACUCGGGUCACCAUCAUAUCAUUACUAUAUAUGAAACUGACUCCAAGUUUCUGAUGAAUGACAAUAUGUAGAGUGAUUCGUGUAGAGUGAAGCGUGAGUCAUGAGGAUAAGGGAGUGAAGGGAGUGUCUAACCUGUGUUCUAGUGUGACUCUGCGCCCUCCCUCCCUCCCUCCCUCGCUGGAACACGCUAAAAAGUGAGUGAGACCUUUUCUUUUAUGGUGUGUGUGGUGAGACAGAGACGCACGGAGAGAAGCAGGUCUGAAAGUCAUGAUACGUACUUACAGAUGUGUGGUGAUACGUGACAGAUACGUGGUGAUACGUAACAGAUGCGUGGUGAUACGUAACAUAUGCGUGGUGAUACGUAACAGAUGCGUGAUGAUACGUACUUAAUGUGUGGUGAUACGUAAUAGAUGCGUGAUGAUAUGUAACAAGUGUGUAAUGAUACGUACUUAAUGUGGGUUGACACGUACUGAAAUUUGUGAUGAUACGUAACAGAUGCGUGAUGAUACGUAACAGAUGUGCGAUGAUACGUAGCAGAUGCGUGAUGAUACGUAGCAGAUACGUGAUGAUUCGUCGCAGAUGCGUGAUGAUACGUACUUAAAGAUCUGUGAUUGAAAAGACAGUACGUGAAAGAUCAUACUCCUGGGUAGAGAGAGAGAGAGAGAGAGAGAGAGAGAGAGAGAGAGAGAGAGAGAGAAAUUAGAAGAGAAAGCACAAAGACAAAUAUACUAACUAAACUAGCGAGUGAAGAAAAGAAGAAGAAAAAAAAACAAUAGAAAAACACUGAGAUAGAAGGAAAGGAAAGGAGGAGGAGGAGGAGGAGGAGGAGGAGGAGGAGGAGGAGGAGGAGGAGGAGAAGAAAAAGGAGAGGAAAAAACUGGAAAACUAGAGAAAGAGAAAGAGAAAGAAAAAAAAAUAGAGAGAGAGAGAGAAACACUGAGAUUUCUUCCAAUGGUGCCAAAGCGUAGCGUGAAGAGGUGGAGAGGAAAGACAAGACAGGGAGAGAUGGAAUAGAAAAUGGAGUGUUAGCUUUAAAAAGGGUGACUGUCUGCCUGCCACGUGCCACAACCUCCACACACCCUUACCAUCUCCCAUCUCCCUCUUGUCCCCAGACACCCCUACCUCCCUGACAUCCUCGCCUUCUCACCUCUGACCUUCAAUGAUGCGUAAAGGACAAAAUUUCCUUACAGUUUGUGAUAAGCAUUAGAGUAGCGUUGAUAAGAACCAUUUAAGCCGAUAUUGGAAUGAGAAGAGAAAAAAAAAUGAUAAAAUAGCUUAGAAAUGUUUUUUUUUUUUACAUAAAAGCACUUACAAGGAUAUUAUUACAGUACAGAUGCUUAAAGACAGUACUUAAUGUUACUAUAAUUCGUAAAAGACAAAGAGGAAAAGGUUGGAUUUGAUAGACAGUACUUGGAAAAGGAUAGACGUAAUCACAAUUGUACUUAAAGCUGGGGAAAAUAAGAACAAAUCCUGUCUUUUUUAAUAUUAGAAGCCUUGGAAUAUGUUAGCGUUAAAAUAGAGAGAAAAAAUAAUGAAUAGAAAGAUUAAGACCGAGUACUCAGAGGUGAAAAUUGUUAGUGGUGGUGCGUCGAUGCUUCAGUUAAUGGUGACUCGAGAGGAAAAAAGAGUAAAGGAUGAUUAGAACACUGGAGAGAAUAGCAUAACUGAGGCAUCCGUCUUUAAAUAUUGAAGUGGAUAGCCUUGGUGACGCUGCAAGGGAAACGGUGAAGCAGGUUUUGGUGACAGGGGAAGUGGAUUGAAUUGGUGACGCUGGAAAUAGAGAAGCAGGUUUUUGGUGAUAGAGAAAGUGGAUAGAAAACAGAGAGGUAGAUUUUGGUGACAGAGGAAGACAAUUACGAACAGAGAAGCAGGUUUUGGUGACAGAGGAACUGUAUAGAAAGGGUGACGCUAAAAAGAGAGAAAGGAGUUUUUGGUGACUUAGAAAGAGAAUUACUAUAAAUAAAAAUGACUUUGACAACACAAAAAUGAGAACAAUUAAAGAACUUUGAAAAUGAAAUAGAUAAAAACAACUUACUUGCUACGAGACAAAAAGACAAAAAGAUAAAAGGAAGAAAAUAGAGAGAGAGAAAAAACGAGAUAAAACAGGCAAAAAGAAAACGACGAAUAGAAUUUAGAAACGAAAACGAAGCAAAAAGAAACAAAAAAACAAGACUCGCUAUAUUUAAUACACAAAUGGAGGAGAAAAAGAAAGAAAAUGAUGAAAGUAUAUAGAUGGAACUGUUGAUGAGGAAAUGAUUAUAGAGGUUGAAAAUGAAGAUGUAUACCACAGAAUAUUCACCCGAAGAGUAUUUACGAAGCAGUGAAAGCCCCGUCGGCGUGUGUACUUGUGUAUGUAUGUAAGUAUAUGUCUCAGAGAAGAGAAUUAAUGAUGGAAAUAUAAUAGAGAGUGUCUGUUUGGCGGUGAAGAAUGUGUUGAUAACCUGAACUUAAAGAUAGAAACCGAGUGAGGUGAAUAAACUGAUGUGCGAGUAAGUGCCCGCCUCACUCACUCACUCAAGCACUCACUCACUCACUCACCACACAACAUAUCAACUCAGCUCACGGAAGAUUGAUAAACCCGUGACGCAACUUAAAAAAUGGCGCUUUAAUUAAAAAUGAAAAAUAC